UAGCUUAACCCUUUCUCCAUAAAGUGAGCCUGACUCCACCGUUGUCGUUCGAGAUGAUCGGUGUCUAUAUUCUCUCUUCCCCUGCAACUUAGCUGUCAAGGGGUCUUACUCUUUCUUCUCCAUCUUGGGCUAAGUCAAUUUGUAAGCAGUUUUCUUUUAACUAGCUUGAAUCAAUCGAGAGCAAGAGAGUUGACACUUUACAAAUCUUUCAUUUCAUUUCAUUUCAUGUUGGAAUUAAAUUACAUAGAUUUUUCAUCAAUUGAGAGUUACCUUCUAAAGGCCCUAACCUUUUCUCUUCCUCCUUCCUGAACCCAGAAUCCAUAGAGAGAGGAACUCUCAUUCAUCACUCUCAAACAUGUUCUUCCACAUGGUAUUGGAGCGCAACAUGCAGCGUUCGCGCCACUUUGGCCGCAACGUAAGUGUUAGUAUUUGUUGUGCUGUGAGAGAGUCGAAUUUCGAAAGUAAGUGCAGUCCACCUACUGCGCAAAAAGCAGCGUGGCCACCAGUGGCCACAUGUGGUCUGCUCUGAUUUAAAUUAUAAAUAACUAACCUUUUUCUCUGUUUAUAUGUAUUCUUAAUUUAAUUGUUAGACUCUUUCAUUUGUUCAUAUGCAUAAUGUAUUCUGCAUCUAUAUGUUCCAUAUCAAUGAAUAAUAGAUGGCAGACAUUAAU